CCUGCGUUUGCUCAACAUUAUUUGAUGCUGAGUUGCAGAGGAUAGCGUUAAAAAAUGUGUUUUUAGUUUCUUUCAACAUAGCACGUCUCAUUUUGUCAUUUAUCUACUUACAUAUCAAAUUAAUUGUUGUAUACCCGACAGGACUACCACGCCCAAGUUGUUAAAGAGAACAUUAUAAUUCUAGAAAACAAUGGAAUUUCCGGAUUUAGGGCAACACUGCUCGAAGAAGUCUUGUAAUCGUUUAGAUUUCCUACCCGUAAAAUGUGAUGCGUGCAAAAAUAUUUUUUGUUGUGAACAUAUGAACUACAGUAGCCAUCAAUGUGAGCCAGGUCUCAAGAAAAAUAUUCAAAUGCCUGUAUGUCCCUUAUGUAAAAAGCCAGUACCAACACCCCGAGGACAGAAACCUGAUUGCACAGUAGGCGAACAUAUCGACAACGAUUGUCGUGUGGCUGAGAGUAAAAAGAUAUUUACCAACCAUUGUACAGUUGCAACGUGUAGUGGCAAGGAAGCAGUGCCUGUGCUAUGCAGCGAAUGCCGCCAAAAUUAUUGUUUUAAACAUCGUCACCCUUCAGAUCACAGUUGUAGUGGGGACGCUGAAAUGGCUAAAAAAAUAGCAGAAUCGAAUAAUCCUUUUGGUAUUAUUGUAAAAAAGACAUUCACAGUAACUUCAAUACAGGGAGCUAUGAGUGAAGACGAAGCGUUAGCUAAAGCACUUGCUGAAUCUAAACGUUUGACUCGAAGAAAUCUUACUAACCCUGCACAAAGAUGUUGUGUUUCAUAA